UGCUGGCGACGCUAGCGACUCUUGGCGUGCUUCGCGUUGCUUUGCGUGCUACGUAACUGGGAGUACACGAUCUAAACUUGUUUUUAAAUAAAUAAGAUGUAAUUGUAUCCAGUUAGUUUUGAAUUUGAAGAUUUUCGUGAAAUUUAUUGCAAGAACUAGCCAGUUUUUGUGUUCAUAAAGUUGUGUAAAUGACAAGCAAUGGUAAUUUUAGGUUAAUUAGCAUUUAGAUUAGAUCACUAGUAAAAGAAGUAAUUAUAUCAAAAUGUCAGAUCAUCAGGAUUACUGCAACAGUUUCAUACACGGAGAAUCUGAUGAUACCCAAAACGAGAUCGAAGAUUUUCCUGACAAUGCAAGGAGUAUUGAAGACAAAAAUAGCGAUGAUUAUCUUAUUGAAUUGUUUAGAGAGCGAUCAUUUUUGUAUGAUAAAAGUAAUCCUGAUUUCAAGAACACAUUAAUGAAACAAGAUGCCUGGAACAAAAUAUCUCACACAAUGAUCGCGUCAAAUUAUGGUGACUUUUAUACACCAGAAUAUUGUCGCAAAAGGUGCACUUCAUUAAGAGAUCAAUACAAUCGUGAAAAAAAGAAGAUUGAAAAUCAAUCUAAAAGUGGAAAGACUGCUUCAAAUUCUAAUGCUCGUCAAUUCUUAUUUUAUUCUCAGUUGAAAUUUCUAGACAAAGUUAUCAAAAGACGAAGGACUUAUAAUAGUGUCACAAGAUCUGUAUCAAAUGCAACAUUAGAUAAGAAACUGGUAACAUGUGAUUUAGGAGAUGUAUCUGUUUGUUCUCCAGAUAACACAGAAAGUCAACAUAAUAAAUUUGAACGGACUGCUAAUAAAAUAUUUGAAACGCCAUCUUCUAAAGUAAAAAGAAGAAAAAUGGACGAACAUAAACAAUUGGAGCAAAUUUCUUUCAACGUGACCAACAGAAUUAGAAAUUCCAUUACUUCUGAAAGUCCACUAUCGCCAGUAGAUAAUGCAUUUAUGGAAUUUAUAAAAAUGCAAUUUGCUACGAUUCCAGAACAUGAAAAAAAUAUGAGACGAAAGAUGAUCUUAGAUGCUGUAUCUGCACCGUUGCCAAAAACGUAACCCUUUUGUACUGUAUAAUAUUUUACAUCUUUACUGAGUUAAUGAUAAUUAAUAAUAAGUGAACUUGAUCGUUUGUGAGUUUUAGCAAAAUGACUGACUUAUAAUUUCAAGAUAUUUUGUUUUCGUAUUUUUAUUUUUAGUAACGCAUAAUACUGUUUGUCUCGAAUCAUAAAUUUGUAUAUGACGUUUUAAUAUAUACCUUAACUACAAUGUGCUCUUUGCAUCUAUAGACAUUCUAUUUUCUAGCCCAAGUACGUUUAAAAAAUUUCUGCAAGUUGAUACGUUGUAUAAACGCUACACAUUGUACAGUGAUAGACGGAAUUGUUGCAAUAUACUUUUUUUUUUUUAAUGAGUCUAGGAACGUGCAUUUAGAUCAGGCCAUUUUACGUUUUAAA